AUGACCACGGCGAGUCUAGAGGCUCAAGGAGUCCUCAUUUUUGAGGGCGCUGAGGCCCGGCUCUUCUUGGUUCCCUUCCUUUCCCGCGCCUUCUGCCUCCUCAAGCACCGCAGACCUCGGCCGUAUGUACACCCCACGCUGGACCGGCAGUUGCAGCGCCAGCGGCUGCAGCAGGAAGUCAGAGCGAUGCUCAGGUGUCGCAAGGCCGGUGUGGACGUCCCACACAUCCUCCGAGUGGAGGAGGCCCCCCCUCAAGGGCCUCUUGAACCCUCCGGGGGGGCCCCCCUUGUAGACGCUGCCCUUGCAGCGCCACCUCUAGUCGGAGACAGGACGAGCACGCUUCUUCCGGAGGAUGCUGGUGACGCCUACUUCCUUGGUGCUCCUCGCGUCGCAGGAACUGCCGAAACAAGCGGUGGACGCAUACUUAUGGAAUGGGUAGAGGGCUGCACUGUCAAGGCUGUGCUCGAUCUGCUAAGGCCCCCCCCCCCUCCUCCAGAGGAGGGGGGGGGGGCCUUAGCAGAUCGAGCACAAGAAUCGUGUUGCUCGGAAGCAGAGCGGCAUCGAAUAAUUGAAGCUCCUUUUCUGCCAUACAGCCCCCGUGGCAUCGACGCAAACAGCACGACCACGCAAGGUUCCCCACGACUUAUUAUGUAUGCGUCUGCGCCUGCAUGCCGGUGUGCUGCAGUUGUUGGGGCUGCCGUUGGUGCUUCUGUCUCGCGCAUGCACAAUGCGGGCAUCAUACAUGGCGACCUAACUACAUCCAAUAUGAUGCUCCGCUCUACGUGUCCCCCUCCGACCCUCGAGGCGGCAUCAGAUCCCGCCGCGUUCCCCUGUGCAGCAGCUGCAGCAGCAGCUGCUGCUGCUGCAAAGGAAGCUCAGGCGCAGGGAAGGGGUCCAGCCAGCUUAGGCCCUGCUGCACUCGCUGCAACAAUAACGGCAGCCAAGCAAGUGCUGCAACUGCUGCUCGCAGGGAAGGAGGCCUCUCUCUGUCUCCUUGACUUCGGGCUAAGUGCUACAUCCUCUGUCGCUGAGGAGAAGGCGGUGGACCUGUUUGUGCUCGAGCGAGCCGUCUCUAGUGCUCAUUCGUGGAUUCCCUCCUUUUUCGAUGCUGUUUUGAAGGCAUACAAGAUGCAUGCAAACGGAGCAAACGCGAUUUUAGCGCGCCUCGACGCAGUUCGCUUGCGCGGUCGAAAACGACUGAUGGUCGGCUGA